GAAUAGUAGACACGAUUUGUCAUUUGACAUACAUGACAUGUAGUUCGUGUUGCAAAUAAAAUUGAAAACAUAUUCAUCUUAAUAUUUCCCUUCACGUUAUAUGAUAAUAAAUGAUGUUAUAGAAUUUCAGAAGAUUGAAUAUUUUAUUAGCUAUAGUGUAGUGUAAUUGGUGUCUUUAUUCAUAAAUAAGUUGUAAAUAGAAUUAGGCCAAUGGAUCUUGAGGACAAUGCUUUGGGUUUGACCCAUGAACAAACUGAUAAAAUAUUGCAAUUUCAAGAUUUAACCGGCAUAGAAGACAUGUCAAUAUGUAGGGACGUUUUGCAGAGGCAUCAGUGGGAUUUGGAGGUGGCGAUACAGGAGCAAUUGAAUAUAAGAGAAGGGAGACCUUCAGUAUUUGCGACGGAAGCACGCGCCCCUCCGGUUGUGCAUGACCAUAUAGGACAGCAAGUGUUCACAGAUGAACCUCCAGAGGGGCCCGGGGGCGUGCGAGGGCUGUUGCGCUAUGUUGUAAACCUAGUAGUAUCCAUGUGCUAUAGUACAAUUACAUCUGUGUUAAAUUUACUUUUAAGUUUCGUUCGUACCGACGAUAGGAGGUUGGUGACAGACUCCCUUGGAGAUGUUAUGAACUUCAUAAGUAGUUACACAUCACGAUUCAACCCACAUCCAGUGUUCUACCAGGGCACAUAUGCUCAGGCACUUAAUGAUGCUAAGAAUGAGCUGCGUUUCCUCAUUGUAUACCUUCAUUCAGAAUCAGCUACAGAGACACAAAACUUCUGCAGGACAACACUCGCUGAUCCUGAAGUGAUUGAGUACAUAAACACGCAUGCCCUGUUUUGGGGAUGUUCAGUGGAGAGCGGCGAGGGCUGGCGCGUGGCGCAGUCGGUGGGCGGGCGCCGCUACCCGCUGCUGUGCGUGGUGUGCGUCCGCGAUCAUCGCAUGACGGUGGUGGCGCGCAGCGAGGGCUCCUGCACUCCGCAGCAAUUGCUACAGCGCCUGCGCAGAGUCGUUUCUGAUAAUGAGGCGCAUCUGGCCGCUGCGAGGGCUGAUAGAGUGGAGCGUGAGGUGACGGCUCGGCUGCGCGCGGCGCAGGACGAGGCGUAUGCCGAGUCGCUGGCGGCUGAUCAGGAGAAAGAGCGCCGCCGCGCUGCCGACCGCGCCGCCAGGGAGAUGCGCGAACACGAGGACCUGCAGCGUCGACAGCUGGAAGAGAAGCAUCGACAGGACUUGGUGGAAGCUCGCGCGGCGAUGGCGGCGCGGCUGCCGGCCGAGCCGCCCGCCGGCGCCGACACGGUGGCGCUGCUCAUCCGCCUGCCCGGCGGCGAGCGACUCACGCGCCGGUUCACACUCGCGCACACAACACAGGACUUGUAUGACUUCGUGUUUAGUCAUCCGCAGUCACCAGAGGAGUUUGAGAUCACGACCAACUUCCCCAAGCGGGUGUUAAAGCGUGGGGCUGUCAAUUUGCUGGAGUCCGGUUUGAAGGACCGCGACGUGUUGUUCGUGAACGAUGUCAACGCAUAAAUCUAGUGCCCGAUAAAUAUUAUAUUGGUCAUCUUGGGAAUAAAGCGUCAGUCAACCACACGAUUGUUAAUUUUUUGAUGUACAGUCAGCAACAAAAAUAAUUGAACAAAUUGAAAAAUUUAAUCGCUUUUAUACUUUUGUUUAUUUAUAUUAUAUUAUUUCACUGAGGUAAACUACAAAAUGUUUGCCAUUAAAAACAAAAUAUCAAAUGAAAGUUAAUGUCUAUAAAAGAUUUGAUAUUUAUAAUUUGUUUAGUUUUUUUUUUGAUUGUACAUGCAUUUGCUUUUAUAUUCUCUUAUCAAUUCAUUUUGCACUAUAAAACAUUAAAACAAUGUCAUAAAUAAAGCAGAUAAAUUGUGUCCAUCUGUGAACUUGUAAAUAUAGUGUAAACUAAUUGACCACAUUAAAAGACUUAUCAGAUAUUGGUAAGAUAUCAAUAAUUACGAGUAUCGCAAACGAAAUCGGUGUUUAGUCUGAAGUACAUAUUUCCAAAUCACUUAGUUAUAGAAUACUAGGCAAAAGGAGCUAUCAUUUGAUUUAAAUUUAUUAAGACAUUAAGAAUUAUUAAGGACACCAGCAAGAGGUUUUUAAGGAUAGGAAUUUUUACCCUGGUCGCCCCUAUAGCAUAGGUUGAAAAAUAAGCUAAGUAAACCAUGUGGGUAUCAACUACUUACACCUCUGCUUGCCUUGUCGGGAACACGGGAUGGGCUUAUGGAUUUAGAGCAAUUUUUAGAAAUAAGGCUAGAAAGAGUUAGGAUACCUACUUAUUUUGAAUUUGUAUAAAUUCAUAGGUACUAUUGUACAUUGAAAAGAUGUCACUGUCGUCACUGUCCUUAACUCACUGCUAUUGGAAAUAGUGUAGGUACAUUUAUUUAAAAAAAUAUUUUCUUACACAACGCGCAAUUUGUACAAAAUUUUAUGUACGUCACAAAAAUAUAAUAUUAAAGGCGACUAGCCCUGUAAAUUCUCGUAUUAUUUAUUUUUUUCAAGGUAACUAUUAAAUUGAAUAUUAUAUCUGCCAAGAUAUAAACGCCCAUGAACUUAAUUACCUUUUUUUGAAAAAUAUGAAUAUCACUACACAAUAAUGAAGUCGAAGUUAAUAUUUUCACCUUGUAAGUGUCUAUACAAAAUAUAGGGUUUAAAUCAUCAAUUUUAAAUUGAUGUGUAUUCAUUUUGAUUAUAUUGAAUAACUAGCAAACUUAAUGCUUAGUGUGCUAUUUUUGAGGCGGAAGGUUCCUCAAUUUUUUUGCAUUAAAUAUUUGAUAGUUUUUAGGUCAAUAUCAUGACUAGAAUAAGCGCGGAACAACAGAAUCAAAAUACUUUCAGACUUAAGAUGACGUUUGGGAUUUCAAGAGUGUAAAUAUUCAUUUUAGUCGGGCGAUACUGCCGUGCUAACCUCAAAAGUGGUAUCUCAAAAAAAAAACUUGAUUUUUAUCAGAUAGCUUAAAGAAAUACCUAUCCAUUAAACUUACCUAAAUAACGGUAUCUUUAGAACUUGUUGAUAAUAAACCUUGAAAGAGUUUCUCUAUCUCAAUUUUACAUAUAAAACUAUAUUUACAAAACUUCGAUUAUCUCGAAAUAAGUCUUCCCUCACAUGCCGCUUUUACGCUUAGCACAGCAGGAUAGUAAUUUGCACUAUAUCAAAAAACCCAUGGGUAGCAUGCAUUCAUUGCCUUGCGUUAUACCUACCUGGUCGUUGUACAAUGUUGAGCUCUAUAUCCAUAGGCAAAAUUCUAACCAACCAAACAACUAAAACCUCUGAAUUGACUAUAAAACCAUGUUUUGCAUGAAUUGUCUGUACGUAAUUUUGUUUUCCAAGCUUACUUGCCCCAAUCUUUGUCGGCGUUUUUCCGCGUUACUGCUACAGAAUAAGUAAUGUAACUUAUUUUUAAAAUAAUAGUAGUCACUACACUGUUUAGUGUUACAAAUUAAUUUAUUAAACAAGUACAGUAAGUCAGAAAAAUACAUACUAAGUUGAAUUAAAAUUCGAAUUUGUUAUGUUAUUUUGUGGCAGAUAGUCGACAGCACCUAUGUCAUUAUCUUUAGGUAACAUUGGUUAAGUUAAAUCUCUAGUAAGCCAGCAUAAUAAUAUGAUAACAUGUAUCUUAUUUAUAUAAAUUUCAUUGUUUGGAAUAAAUCUAAGAUUAGAAUUAAUAUCUAAUGAAAGUUCCUUUAGAAAGAAUAAAUAAUAACUCUCAGUUUUUAAACAUUUGCAAUCAUUUAUUGCACAUAAUAAUAUUUCAGUGAUAUAUAUUUUUUCCGUGUGAUAUGUAUGCGUAAUUAUAUCAAAAUUAUUUGGUAUUUUUGUAAGAAAUUAGUUUUUCAUUGCAUUUAUUAUGUUAUGCGGUAUGUCUGUACAUGGAAAAAAAUCUUCUAUUUCAUCGAUUUCGCAUUCUGUUGUCAAUUUGAAUAUUUUUUUAGUAUUAUAUUCAAGACCAAAACGCAGUUUUAUCCAAGUCAAUAUAUGACCAAGACAGUGGUAGGAAA